GCGAUAGCGCUGACGUUGUCCAACGGAGGCAAAUGGCGACGGGUUGCUUGUCAAUGAGGAACACCGCGAGUGUAGCAACAUUAAUCUGCAAAAGACGAAGUGCUACGAUGGUUCCUACGUUGUCUGGCUCAUUCUCCAAGAGCAGUCUUUUUGUUUUAUCUGUGGCGUUACUGCUGCAGGCCGUUUUAGGAGACGGAAAGACUCUCGUUUUGCUUGACAACCCCAACAUCAGAGACACUCAUUCAAUCUUCUUCCGCAGUUUAGCAGAUCGUGGGUUUGACCUUACAUUCAAAACUGCUGAUGAUCCUGGUCUCUCCCUGAUCAAGUAUGGCCAGUUCCUGUACGACCAUCUCAUCCUCUUUUCUCCAUCUGUGGAAGAUUUCGGGGGCAACAUCAAUGUUGAGACCAUUACAGCGUUCAUAGAUGGUGGAGGAAAUGUUCUUGUGGCUGCCAGCUUUGAAAUUGGUGACCCUCUGAGAGAACUAGGAAGUGAAUGUGGUAUUGAAUUUGAUGAGGAGAAAACUGCUGUCAUUGACCACCAUAACUAUGACGUUUCAGAUCCUGGAGAGCACACUCUGAUUGUUGCCGAUCCAGAGAAUCUUCUUAAAGCCCCAACUAUAGUUGGCAAGCCCACCGAUAAACCAGUCAUGUUCAAGGGUGUUGGUAUGGUGGCUGACCCAGAUAACUCUCUGGUGCUGGACAUUCUGACUGGCUCCUCCACCUCUUACUCCUACUUCCCCGAUCGUCCUAUCACACAGUAUCCUCACGCAGUUGGUAAAAAUACCCUUCUCAUCGCUGGUCUCCAGGCGAGAAACAACGCACGUGUUGUUUUCAGUGGGUCAUUGCACUUCUUUAGUGAUGCUUUCUUCAACUCCCCAGUGCAGAAGGCUGUUUCUGGCUCCAAGAGAUAUGAAAAGACUGGUAACCAGGAGCUGGCUGAAGCCCUGUCCCGUUGGGUAUUUAAAGAGGCGGGUGUACUCCGGGUUGGAGCUGUUAGCCAUCAUCCAGUUGGAGAGAGCACACCCCCUGCUGCCUACACCAUCACUGAUCUUGUGGAAUACAGCAUUGUGAUUGAGAUGCUCUCUGGUGGCAAGUGGGUGCCCUUCAACGGAGAUGAUAUUCAACUGGAAUUUGUCAGAAUUGAUCCAUUUGUCAGAACGUACCUCAAGAAGAAGGCUGGAAAAUACAGUGUACAAUUCAAGCUGCCAGAUGUCUAUGGAGUAUUUCAGUUUAAAGUUGACUACAACAGACUGGGUUACACACAUCUGUACUCCUCAACCCAGGUUUCUGUCCGGCCAUUGCAGCAUACCCAGUAUGAGCGCUUCAUUCCCUCAGCCUUUCCAUAUUAUGCCAGUGCCUUUUCUAUGAUGGCAGGAGUCUUUGUCUUCAGUAUCGUCUUUCUGCACAUGAAAGAAAAAGAGAAAUCGGAUUAAAAUGAUUAUAAGUGAAGAGGAGUCAAAGGAAAUGAGAAAGAUGCUUCAAACCUCUAGCACAGUUCAGGAUGUGGACUCAUAUUUUUGAGUUAGAUGGUGUGCCACUACAGCUUAAGACAGCAUUUGUAAAAAAUCACAUGGCUUUGUUUGUCCCCCCCACCUUUUCUCUAUUUACACUCUUUUCUGUGGACUGAUUUAGUAAUUUGGUUGCUUAAAUUCAUUUAGAGGGGCGCAGCUUUUUUUAUUUGUACAAAAAAAACUGAAUUGGGUUUUUUAACAGAUGUUAUAAUACAACAUGCACUGAUGUCUUGAUCUUGCUAAGAAAAGAUUAUUGUUUCGAAGUCUACCAUUUGUACAUGUAUGGGGAAAGGAUGUUAAAAUGUGGAUUAACAUCUCAAGUCAGUAAAGUUUUGACAUUCCACCA